AUGUUCCCAUCAUAUGACAAACAGGCACUUAACACUUUGCUUAGAGCUAAUGAUAAUAUGCUGAAUCAGACGAUUGAAUAUAUUAUUUAGCUGAAUGAGGAGGAGCAGAAAAAGCUUGAAUCACAUGAAGAAGAUGAGAUCAACAAACUUUAUGAUGAUUAGGAAUAGGAUGAGUAAGAAGAAGAGGAAGAACUAUCAGCCUUUGCCGAUUUAGAAGAGCGCAAAUCUGCAGAGAAGAUCAAGAAAUAGUAGUAGUCACAAUAGUAGCAAUAGAAAGUGGUUUAGCAAUUGUCUUCUAAUCAUAUGCCGCCCUCUUAAUAGCAGUAGCAAGAAAAGGAAUUGUCUGCAGAGGAGGAAGAAAAAAGAAGUAGGGAAUUGAUAGAUCAGCUACUGGCAAUGGAAAUGCAAGAGUAGUAUGAAUUAGAGCAGUAGAAAUACGAAUUAAUGAUGUAGGAAAAUCUUGCUAUUGAGAGAGACAUUUUAGAAAGAAAUAACUCAUCAUCAAGCAGUGGUGGUAACAAGUCAAGUUAGAAUUAGAUUGAGAGUUAAUAGUAAACUUAACAAAGGAAAUCCCAAACUCAAUAGAGUUAAUCAAAGCCUAAUCAAAAGGAUGUAUAAGCCAGUUCAAAAUAACAACUUGAGUAAAGAAAGUUAUCACUAUAAUAGCAGCACUAGUAAUAACUGCAGUAAUAGUAAUAAUAAAAAUAAAACUAAUCAAGCUCUAAUUAGCAAUAGCAAAAGCCAUCGUAAGAACCUAAGAAAGAGUCAAAGUUCACUGCUUUUUUCAAGGAUACAUUUAAGGAGAUCAAGGAUUCAUUUGGUAUGCAGAAAAAGGAAGAGUCUAAGUCUAAUAGAGGCUCUAUUAAGGAGCAGCGUCCUUCUGAGAAUAAUUAACAAUAUCAAAACUCAAGUGUACAAUAAUAGCAAUAAAGUUAAAACUAACAGAUAAGCGCAAGUCCUUACCUCAAUUAAUCGUAGCAGCAACAGCACUAAUCUAAGUAAAGUUAAUUGAAGAGUUUCGAUCCAAACAAGCCAUUGCCGAAGAAGCAUCCAAUGGAAUAUGAUCAAAAUGAGACUGAGCUCAUUGAGGAAAUAGUGUUUCAUCAUCCCAAUUACUCAUCACCAGCUUCUUACUAUAACUCCAUUCUAAAGACUCACGCAAACACUACAACUAGCGUCAAGCCUACUAAUCUUAACGCUAAACUUAAAGAAACUGUUGAAGAUGUCGACUUUGGCAUCCCUGAGCUAGACUACUAUAGAAAUAACGGAUACAAUUGA